GCAACACGAGAAUGGUAAUUAGUUUAGUUGGAGAGAUGACUACGUAGUCCUAAGUCCUAACUUCGUGUCUGUCAAUCAUCGGUUCCCCUUAGGUUUCAGCAGAGAAAUCAAUAAUCGCGGGAUUCGGACCCAACUCGACUCGGGUCCUUCGUAGUUUUCAUCCGACGCUCCUUCCCUUCAUUCUUGGACCAUUGUGUUAUUUUGGGGGCUACAGAGAAUCUCGUCAUUUGUGUUGAUUGCAGUUGUUUGUAAAGGCUAGUGCUCAGCACAGAUGUCUAAUAAUCCUCAAUUUCCUGGUUUACAGCCUCUUCGGCCUCCUAUUAUGGGUUCAGUGGAGCCCCCUCGGAAUUUUGCUCCUCCCAUGCCUCUUCAAUUCCGCCCAGCAGUUCCUGCUCAGCAAUCACAGCAGUUCAUUUCCCAACAUUAUCCACCUCUUGGCCCUGGUGUUCCCCUAAUGAAUGUUGGAAUGCCUUCUCAAAAUCAGCAACCCCAAUUUGUUCAAUCAAUUCAACAAAUGCCUCCAAGACCUGGGCAGCAGUUACCGAUGUCAUUGCCUGUUGCUAGGGCGAAUAUGCCAAUUCAAUCUGAAUCAAUGGUGCCUCAGUCUGAUUCUCAAACCCCUAAUGGUUAUACUCCAGGUUUAGGUGGCUCUGGUUUACCCCUCUCUUCAUCAUAUACGUAUGCACCAUCUUCUUAUGGUCAAGUACAAAAUAAUUUUAGUGCCACCAGCCAAUAUCAAGCUGUUUGUCAAACCCAAACUCUUACUGUUUCUUCUGGGGAGCAACUAAGAGCAAGCAUAAGCACUGCCUCGGGUACCUCUCUUCUGAGCAGCGGUGAACAACCAUCAAUUCUAACUAUUGCACCUUCAGCAACAAAUUUCCUGCCAGAUUCCUCGAGGGAUGGAUCAACAGAUUGGAUUGAGCAUACUUCUGCUAAUGGAAGGAGAUUUUACUACAAUAAGAAGACUAAAGUAUCCAGCUGGGAGAAGCCUUUCGAAUUGAUGACACCAAUUGAGAGGGCGGAUGCAUCAACCAACUGGAAAGAGUAUAGUAGUCCUGAUGGAAGAAAGUAUUACUACAACAAAGUCACCAAGGAAUCAAAAUGGAUCAUCCCUGAAGAACUGAAGUUGGCCCGUGAACAAAUUGGAAAGGUCAUUGUCAAUGGAAUGGAACCCGUUCUGAAUUCUCACACUCAACAUUCAAAAUCUCCCACUGCAGUUGAAGCAACAUCAAUUGAUAAUUCAUCUUUAACUGGUCAAGGAGAACCAUCAAGUCCCAUUUCAGUUGCUCCUGUUGUUACAAUGUCUUCCAGUAAUCUUCAUUCUGAGAUGACUGCUGGAUCAUCUGCCUCUCCUGCUGUGGCUCCUAUGAACAGAACAAAUGUGGAUGAAGUUGAGGCACCUGCAAACACUGUCACGCCAUCAGAUUCUAACAUGGAUGAAACAUCUGUUGCUGAUGUCAAUACUUCUAGAACACCAAUGAAGGAUGCGGAGAAUGUUUCAUCUCAAGAUACUCUAGUUUCUGCUGAUGGGGUUCCAGCAGAGGAUAAGGAAGACGCUAAGAAAGACACGCCGGGAGAGAAAACAAAUGAGGUUGCUUUGGAAACAAAAGCCGUUGAGCCUGAACCUUUAGUGUAUGCCAAUAAGAUGGAGGCUAAAAAUGUUUUUAAAGCACUUUUGGAGUCUGCAAAUGUUGGAUCUGACUGGACUUGGGAUCGGGCCAUGAGAGUAAUAAUCAAUGACAAAAGGUAUGGUGCCUUAAAAUCACUCGGAGAGCGGAAGCAAGUUUUUAAUGAGUUCCUAAAUCAGAAGAAAAAGCAGGAAGCUGAGGAAAAGCGCAUGAAACUGAAAAAGGCACGGGAGGAUUUCAAGAAAAUGUUAGAAGAAUCCACAGAGUUGACAUCAUCCACAAGAUGGAGCAAAGCAGUAUCUCUGUUUGAAAAUGAUGACCGUUUCAAGGCUGUGGAACGCGACAGAGACAGAAGGGAUCUGUUUGACAGUUUCAUGGAGGAACUUGUAAACAAGGAACGAGCAAAGGCACAGGAGGAGCGGAAGCGAAACAUAUUGGAAUACAGGAAGUUUUUAGAAGCUUGUGACUUUAUUAAGGCUAGCACUCAGUGGCGAAAAGUUCAAGACCGCUUAGAGGCUGAUGAAAGAUGUUUCCGUCUUGAGAAAAUUGAUCGCUUAGAAAUAUUUCAAGACUAUUUACAUGACUUAGAGAAGGAAGAGGAAGAGCAGAAGAAGAUACAUAAGGAAGAAUUGAGAAAGGCAGAACGUAGAAACCGUGAUGAGUUCCGCAAAUUGAUGGAAGAAGAUAUUGCCAUGGGCACUCUCACAGCAAAAACUCACUGGCGUGAUUAUUACGUGAAGGUCAAAGAUUUACCUGCUUAUGUGGCUGUGGCUUCAAACACCUCAGGUUCAACUCCAAAAGACUUGUUUGAAGAUGUUUCUGAAGAGCUUGAAAAACAAUAUCAUGAAGACAAGACUCGUGUAAAAGAUGCAGUGAAGUUGGGGAAGAUCACAUUGUCAUCAACCUGGACAGUAGAAGACUUUAAAACAACCAUACUAAAAGAUAUUAGUUCUCCACCCAUAUCUGAUGUUAACAUAAAGCUAGUAUUUGAUGAGCUACUAGAACGGGCAAGAGAGAAGGAGGAGAAAGAAGCUAAGAAGAGGAAGCGUCUCGCGGAUGAUUUCUUUCAUUUGCUUUAUUCUAUCAAGGAUAUUAACGCGUCUUCAAAGUGGGAGGACUUCAGAUCACUUAUUGAAGAUUGUCAAGAGUUCAGAUCAAUAGGAGAUGAGACCUACUGCAAGGAAAUAUUUGAGGAGUACCUUGCACAGCUGAAAGAGGAGGCAAAGGAGAGUGAGCGAAAGCGGAAAGAGGAAAAGCAGGCAAAAAAGGAGAAGGAGAGAGAGGACAGGGAAAAAAGGAAAGGAAAGCAAAGAAGGGAAAAAGAGAAAGAGGAGGGUCAUAAGAGGGAUAAAGCUGAUAGUGACAAUAUGGAUACAACUGAAAUUCAAUCUUCCAAAGAAACCAAAAGAUCUGAAGAUGAUAGUAGGAAACAACGAAAGCAGCACCAAAGUCCUGAGCACGUUUCUCAUGAAACUGACAAAGAGAGGACUAAAAAAUCUCGAGGACAUAGCAGCGAUCGCAAGAAAUCAUCACGGCAUGCAUCUGGUCAAGAAUCAGACAGUGAAGUGCGACACAAAAAACACAAGAAAGACCACCGUAGUAGUUCUCACAGAGAUUGUGAUUAUGGAGAGCUUGAAGACGGGGAGUUUGGUGAUGAUGGAGAAAGAUGGUAGUAAUAUGGUCAUCCACUUACCCUCUGUAUUGCUCAAUCUCAUGUAUUCCAAAUAUUAGAACAUCAGAGAAUUGCCAUUUUAUUUCUGUUUUAGUCAGAGAAUUCGACUAGGAGGUAAGUCUCAGCUCCCUGCUCGCAUGGCAACUAGCAUGUAUCAGCAUGUUCUUUGAUGUCAGUGCCCUUUUUUUGUAUGUUAAUAUUGUAAUAAGAUUUGACGCCGUGUACCUUCAUGGCCAUGGUAUAUGAACCUCACUGACUAGGUUAGAUUGUAUCUCUCAGUGGCUAACACCUAGACUCAUGUCUGAAUUUGGUCCUCAUCACAAUGUCAUCUCGAGAUUUUCAGAUAGAUUCAAGUUUCGUGAAAGAUUGUAAGCUAAAUCAAUCGUAAAUCUACAUAUAAGCCUGUAAGAGUGAGAGUUUUAUACUAAGCAUGUUUUUGUGUUUUUACGUAUAUUAGACCUGGCUGUACCUGAAGAAAGACCAACAGCUAAAUUGAUUUUACUGUCAUGUGAA